GGGAGACCUUGUACUGAGAAGAACUCAACUCUCAAUAAGGGCUGUUUUUUUUCUCCCUGUAUUAUUAAUAUUAUACACUCGAUACGGAUCGAGUUAGCAAUCCAUUUAUUUCGGUCUCUGAAGCCUGUUUUUAUCUUUAAAAGUUGAUUUUUACUUAUCAAGCUUAAAGUAUAUUCAUUUCAUAAUUUUCAUCUGCCUACUGAGAAUUCGGGAAGAUUCCUGGCAUAAGAUACCUCCAGCAAAAUGGUUUCUAAUUCCCUAUCCUAUCAGAUAUUUCUGUAUCUCGACAUCAUGUUAUUAUGGUACUUUUUUAUAUUACCCUUACAUCGUUAUUGAAAGAAGUUUUUUUUCUCGUCUGACAUUGUGUCCUUAUUUAUUUGUGUUGAUACUGCACCGGUUGUCACUAAGAUGACGGCUGCUCACGUCAGGGCUGCGGUCUUCGCGCUAAUAGCCGCAAUUAAUUUCGUAUAAUAUUGUUUGCUGCCACGCUGACGCCGCCUAGCCGCUGUGUACACAUUGAUGUCAGUACGUAGUGCACCUCCGUAGCCGCAGGAACUGCCGCGGUCAUUUACUUGCAGUGUUGACAAACUUAAGGGAUUUUGUGUUGUGUUCAUAUCUCUGUAUCGAUAUGGAUUUAAGUGAAUGACUUCCACAUGUAUUGGGAUCACAAUCUAUUUGCCAUGAAAAUGACCACAUCCACGUCGGCAACGAUGACCGCGCGUGUGCACAGAAAGGUCAUAAGGGCGCCACAUAAGCGCGCACACCCGGGCAAGACUACACACGCGGGCAAAAUACUGCACGCUGGCAAACUUCAGGGAAAGCUGGUCCACCCGGGCAAACUGCUCCCCACUGGCAAAAUGGCCCACCACCUGGGCAAGUUCGGAAAACUCGCACACUACGCUUACACACAUGCCCUGCGGCCUCCAGAGCCGUGCGAGAACAGUAACGAUAGCGGCCUUGGUCCAGACCCGAUCAACAGAUCAUCAGACAUGUUGGAAGACUGGGACCAUGGAGAUUUGAAACGGCGGCGAGGCGAGUGCGAGUCGGCCGUUAAGAUCGAGUGCGACGACGCUAAUGACGCGUAUCCUUUCCCGCCUACCGCGCCGGCGCCCGCGCCUGCUCCCGCCCCCGCUACAGCCACUGUGAUCGCGCCCCUCGAUGCCCCGGCAGACCUCCACACAUCAACGCCAGUUCUCUCUACGUCCGUAGCCAGAGCGAGUUGCAGUAUAUCUAGUCCAAAUAUCGGUGAGAACCCGGGGAAGCGCUUCCAAGAUCCCUACAGAUCGUGCGGGAAGCUGGGCGGGGGCAAGCUCGCGAACAAGUACGCGGGCGGAGGAAGCAAGCUGUCCGGAGCGGGGGGCAAGCUGGGGGGGAAGUUAGGAGGAAAAUUGGGGGGUAAAUAUGGAGGGAAAUUGGCGCAGGCGCUGGCCAGGCGGAGAGCGCUCGCGGCGAUGUCGCACUCCGGCCCGCCGGGGCUGGCGGCACCACUGAGCAGUCGUUCCAAAGACGGUACGGUGGAGCUCCAAAUACUGUGCCAGCCUGAGACGCAGCACAGAGCGAGAUAUCAGACUGAAGGCAGCCGGGGUGCUGUCAAAGACAACUCAGGGAAUGGAUUCCCAAUAGUAAAAUUAGUAGGAUAUGACAAACCAGCCGUACUUCAGGUGUUCAUAGGAACAGACACGGGUCGCGUCGCGCCGCACAUGUUCUACCAGGCGUGUCGAGUGUCCGGCAAGAACUCCACGCCCUGCAAGGAACGCAAGGAGGACGGCACCGUAGUUAUAGAAAUAGAUCUCGAGCCGAACAAGAACUGGCAAGUCACGUGCGACUGCGUCGGGAUACUAAAGGAACGGAACGUGGACGUGGAACAUAGGUUCGGAGAGACAUUAGGAGGGAGCGGUGUAGGAGGGGGUGUGGGGGCAGCUGCACACGUGUCAAGGGGAAAGAAGAAGUCAACGCGUUGUCGAAUGGUGUUCCGCACCGACAUCCUCAACGCGGACGGACAGCGAGAGACGCUGCAAGUCUGCUCCACGCAGAUAAUAUGCACGCAACCGCCGGGCGUCCCGGAAGUAUGCCGCAAGUCUUUAGUAUCGGCGCCGGCCACCGGAGGCCUGGAGCUCUACCUGCUGGGCAAGAACUUCCUCAAGGAGACGCGCGUGGUGUUCCGACACCAGCAGUGGGAGGAGGAGGUGGUGCCCGACAAGGAGUUCCUGCAGCAGACGCACCUGGUGUGCUGCGUGCCGCCGUACGCGCGAACGGACAUCACGGAGACGGUGUGCGUGCAGAUCUUCGUGCGGUCGGGCGGUCGCGCGUCUGAACCGCACGCGUUUUUCUACACGCCGCCCGCGCCCGCCGCGCCGCUACACGCCACGCCGCACGCGCUGGCCGCGCACCACCAGCACCAGCACCCGCACCCGCCAGGUGGCGAGUGGCCGCUGAUGCCGCCCCCCGCGACGCCCGCGACCCCCGCCACACACGCCGCACACGCCACACACGCGCGACCCGCCUGCCGCGCCGCCGCGCUGCCGGACCACGACCUCACCAAUCUGCAGGCGCUCAAGAGUGAGGUGGCGGAUGAGAGCAGCCAGCAUUCUUUAAUAGAGCACGCGGAGUCGUCGUGCGGCCCCGACGGGCCCGAGAAGCAGUCCCCGCCCGCCAUCCUGCCCGACGACCUCAAGGUCGUCGACCUGCGGCUCAAAUCCGAGACCCUCACGAGAGAUUCGCAAAGUCAGGUGAACUUCGUGAGCGCUUACGACCCGAUCAAACUGUCCCCGCCGACGCCCACUCAGAGCGAUUCACCGUCCCCUCUCGCGACGUUCACGCAGCAGCUGCAGGCGAUCCAGAACCAAGUGCAGACCGACAAGAUGGUCGAGACCGUGACGGCGGCCAUCUUCAACUCGGGCGAGAACGCCGACCAGAUCUACCAGCCCAUCCUGCCGAUGCGGCAGCUGAUGGCCGCCAAGACGCCUCACGACCCGCUGCGGCCCGAGAUGAAGGCGCUCGACUCCGGCCUCAUGAUGGAACAGCCUCGCGACUCCGCGCUAAUGGCGUACGAAACGUUGCCGCCGCAGCGCGCCGACGACGCCUUCAACCCAUUCGGCGCAAUGACAAAAAUGGAGAUGCAGACGCAGCACAUCGAGCAGCGCCUGGCUCAACAGAGCGCGCACAUGGACGCUCUCGUCGAAGACGCAAUGAAGGCGACGGCCGCAAUGCUGCCCGGCGACGCGGCCAAGCUCGACGAGCUCGUCAACUCGCGCGUCGACGACCUCGCCGGCGCCGAGCCCCUCCCCCCGCCCGCCGGUGACGUCAUGAUGCUGCCCGAGCAGGUGCAGCUGACGUCGGUGAAGACGCCGCCCGCCGCCGUCAAGUCGAUGAUUCUGAACGCGGCCGCGGAGAUCCUGACCUCGGACACGACGAUGAACGCUUUGGUGACGUCGGCGAUUAACACGGCCAAUAUCCUGUCGACGGAUGCGCAGGCGACGGACACGCAGCCGCCCGCCGAGCCGGCCGCGGAGCCGCUGGUCGCCAUGUCGCACGCCGUGUCGCAGGCCGUGACGCAGGCCGUGUCGCAGGCCGUGUCGCAAGCCGUGUCGCAGGCCGUGUCGCAGGAGAUGACGGCGCCCGUGCAAGGCCUAACCGACAUGAGCGAUCAGGACCUGCUCUCCUACAUCAACCCGAGCACCUUCGACCAGGUGUGAACGCCCGCGACUGGAAGAGGCUGCGCGCGCGCAGUGUACUGGAGGACACUCAUUAUACGCCUAAUUUAAUGCAUUUCACUGUGAGGUGUUGAGGGCUCAAAAGCAGAUUUUAUUUGAAUUUUUAAUGAAUGUUAUUAUAUUAUUUAGUUGUUUUUGUUAAGAAUUGUAGAACAUUAUAAUCUCCAAUUGCUGAAUGGUGGUGAAUAUUUUAUGGUGUCGAAUGGAAUUUUAUGGAUUUGUUUUUGAUUCUCAUGCAUACUGAGUGUAUUUAAUGGACGAGAAGUGUCAGGAUGUCAAUUAUAUUUCAUGAUGUGAAUCAGUAUUACAGGGCUAAUAAAUUUAUGCAUUCGUGUUCAGAACAGUGAAAGAAAAGAAGACUAGACGUUGCACAUUUCUUGUACUCCAAAAUCGAAAAUCUCUUUUUUAUUUGGAUCUUUCUCAUAUAUAUAUAUUCGGUCCAAUUGAUCUCGUGCAACGAAUAAAAAAAUAUAUAACAAACAUAUUUUUGAAAAAAAAAAGCUUAUGAGCACUUUUUGAAUACAAACAAAGAUUAUAUAAAUUGUUCGUAACAUGUUAUGUAUGUUAGAAAUUAUUGUGUAAAUAAUUAAAUGAUAGAUUGGUAUUUAUGUUAUUUACUGUUUAGAGUUGUAAGUGUAGUAGAUGCGGCCGGGACACGUCAAAGUGACAUUUUGAUAGGAAAGUCGAUAAUUUAUUUUUUACUAACUAUUAAAAAAUGAAAUAUACCUAAUAUUUGUGUCUGAAUACCUUAAUAUUAGGAAAUAUUUAAACUACAAUUUUGUACUAAACCGACCAGUCCGGCGUCUCAUUUGUUUUUUAUAGAAAACACUUUUGCAGUUCAUAAUACUGCGCGUUAAACAGAACUGCCACACAAAUUUAUAUAUAAAGAGAUUAAAUAUACUUCUAGAAUAUAGUUUUAUAAAAAAAUAUAUGAUGGAUCAUUUAGUUUAUUUAGGUAUAGCUAAAACAAUGCGCCUGUUAGUGAACUGUAGAGAUGUUUUUUGUUACAUGUUGUAUAUUAUGAUUGUGAUAUAUAAAAUAUAUAACUGUUCGCAAAGUAGCUAAUUUUAUAUGUUAAGACGAAACUGUACUGAGGUGAUGUUUAGAGCAAAGAUUUAUAAAAUAAAAUUAUGUUAAACUAUUAUUGUAAGGAGUUCAUUUUUUUAUAUAAGUGAAAAUCGAAUGCUACAUAUUUAAAUGUGCCAUUUACCGAGUGUAAUCCUAGAAUAGGUAACGUUUUACGAAUGAUAACAUUUAAGUUGACAUCACAAUAUGAUUAUGGGCCUACAUAACCGGCCCCCUGGCAUGAGCACCGCGAUAUGAUAUAUAACGCGUUUUUAUCACGCUCAACACUCAAAUUACUACGGAGUUUGACAGUUAGGCGCGAUAAAAUACGUGAUAUAAUGUAAAUUGUGGUGCUCAUGCUUCGGGGUCUGAAUAGCGUAACAUAACACGUGCCUUGAAUUACCUUCCAUGCCCCGACCACAAUUAGUGAUACGGAUGAUGACUAUUUUUUCUUCGUCUUAUCAGGUGGAUUAUCAAAAGUACUGGACACAUAUUUUUCCUUUUUUUUGUGAAAAAAUCAAUACAUUACAGUAUUGAUUCGAAAUGUUGCAUGUCUUGGUAUAAGCCGCGCCAAUAAAGAAACGAAUCUAAAAUGGCGGCGGCGAUCAUGCGCUCUCACUCUAAACUAUUGCUGUCUUUAGUCGCACACGGCGCGUACUGCAUGCAAAAAUAUCAGUUCUGACUUUGUUCUCGCACUGUCUCUACAUCUUUCUUUUUAUUUGUUGACCCUAUCAUCUGUCAGUGCAGGUACAUAGACGCCAUUUUCGAUUCUUUUCUUUAUUGUCGAGGAUUAUACAAUUUUUACUUAGAAGUGACGUCACUCCCGAACUUUGAUUUUGACUCUUUGUUAUUUUUAAGUUUGACAAAAGCAAAAAUAAGCGUCCAUUAUCAUUUAAUAAUCUAAAGGACGUGCAUAGAUAGAAUUUCGUUUGUUUGAACCCGUCAUCACCCCUAUUGAACAUACGUAUUUGUUUGCUAAAUUGUAGUUAUUUUAAAGUCAUUAUACAUACGUACUGCAGUAUUCAUAUCAGGGACCACACAGAAGGAACACUAUCGGAUAGUAUCGUAAUUAAUUAAGAUUUAAAAAGUCCAGAAUUUAUUAGACAAAGUCGUCGACAUACUAUUGCAGCCGACCUUGAAAUAUUACUAUAUCCAACUAUAUUAGUGAAUUACAUCAAGACAUAAUCAACUGUACAUAAUUUAGUUAGUAAAUCAAUUCAAAAGAAGAUUUGAAAUAAAACAACUUUUUUAAAAAAUACAUGGAAUGUUUUUUUAAUCCAUUUAAAAUGUUAAUAAAAAAAAUCCACUUUUUAAUUAGCAUGUUAGAAAUGAUUAUUUAAUUUGUUUUUAGUGACAUAUUGUAGAAACUUACUAUUACUUGCUAUACUUAGCACUUCGCUCCUGCCCUCAGCUGUCGUAUAAAAACGACUUUGCUGUCGCAUAGAAGCGUAGCCGGCUUUUCAAAUAUAUAAGUUUCCACUUGAGUAUUUCUAAAGAGACAGUCUUUUUUUUCUUAUUGUUUAAUAAUUAACUAUGAAUUUCCGUAGCACUGCCUAAAAUUUCAGACUGACACGUUCCAGGCAGAAUGUACUUUGAAAUGUCACAAGUAUGGAGAGAUUAUUUUAUUGUGAAGACGCACUCGCAGCACCACCACUCUGGUACAGUUAACAUCACUUGGCUCAGAGUUACAAUUUAAAAUAUCAUUUUUAUAUUAUGUUCUGACGUGGGCAGUAGAUGCGGUAUAGAAUAGCUGAACAAAAUUUUCUAAUGUAUUUUGUACUUUAUUACAACCACGUCAAAGUUAAAAAUGGCCUGAUGUGUUGUUGACUGUACAUGCGAUUACAAAGGCUGACACUUUUUAGACUUGAGAAAAUAACUAUAUAUCUACUCGUCCAAAAAUAUUUGCAUUUAAGAAAUAUUUGAUAUUAUAAUACACUUUUAAUUAGUAAUCAUAUUCCUUUUUAGUGUUCUGUAAAUAAUUAACAAUUUUAGAGCACUCCGAAUUAUGUUACAUUAAAAUAAAAUAUAAGAUGCUUUAUUAUCAGGAAUUCGGUGAAAAGGGGCAUUUUUCUGAGAAGAGGUUAUUUGCGUUUUCUUCUCUGUUUUAUCUCUUUCUUUCAGACACCUGAAUGAAAAGAUUUAAUAAAGCAAUUAAUAUCCAUGUAACUAAAUACUAAAAGUAAUUUCUUAAAAGGGCCUUGACAAGCAAUAUUACAAUUGUUUUGACUGUACUACCAUAAGGUUUAAACCCCGGCAAACUUCUUGAGCAGCGACCAUAGACAAGAUAGCAGAAAAACGCAAACUUCAUUUGCCUAGGGUUGCUCAAGAAGCUGCUACCUAAAUGUAAGGUACAUUCAUUACAUAAUGGAACAAGCCGUCAGUUUAUAUUCUAUCUAAAGCAACACAUUGGUACUGAUACGUACGUCCGUCAACUGUCCUUAGUGUAGCUAGGGAUUUUUCCUAGAGGGGAAGGGGGGAGAGAUUUUUUUCUUAGGGGACUUUCUUAAUCGUCCAGUUGGCCUAAUGGCUCAUUCCUGCCCACCUCUAGUUACGCCCAUGCGUGCCAAUCAAACAAUCGAACCAAUCAGUGCUCACAACCGGGAGCAACGACGCAAUCAGAACCAAGUUUUGGUCAAGUUAAGAGCAUUUGCUCACACAACUGUGGCGCGCCUGCCCCGCCCACAAGACCCUUCUAAACUCUUUCUGUGUUCUGUGGGAGCAGUCAAUAGGGUAUUUGACAAGUUUUAGAAAACGAUCUCACGUUAUUGACUAAUGUUUAUGGAGUCCGUCCGGAGUGGAUAUUCAUCAUUCUGUUGUGUAUUUCAGUAAAAAUAACCCAAUCAAAAACUCCAUUUUCAAGUUGCCGCGAAAACGUUUUUCUAGACAAUAUGGCGUCUUACUAGUGUGUGACGUCACACGACUGUUAUAAAAACGUCAAACGAUACAAUAUAAUGUCACUUUAACCGGAAGUUUACUUGCGUGUGACAUCAUUUUAGGCUCCGACAAUCCCAAGCGUUUUGGGUCACGUGACAAUAGAUAAGAAAACUAUUAUCUUUUUCGUGGGUUUUAGUAAGAAUAGUAAAAACUCCUGCCAAUAUUCAUUCUAAACACAGAUGCUAACAUUUGGCACUUUAUUUUUAAUACUGUCAAAUACUCUAUUACAAGCUUCUCAAUAAAAGUUUAAUUGCGGAUUUUAGUUUACGACCCCAAGCAGGAACAACUAGCGAGGAAAUAUUGGUAUUGUCAUUGUCAAAAUUUAUAUGGAAAGAGCUAGUAUGUUUUUACGUCCGGUAGGGGCGCUGCUUAAUUUCCAUAGAAAAAGACAUGGUGAUACAUUUUUUUCUCCCUAGUUCUUGCUUAGGGUUGUGAACUAAACUUUGCAAAAGCUUUUAUUGAAAGUUUGACGUCGCUGCCGGUCGUAAAUUAAAACCAUAGGCAGAAAAUGGCCGGAUCCUGUCCAACUGUAGCUUGAACGGCCCAAAGUACGUAUAGUUAUUAGCUAUAUCUUCGCUUUCUCUCUUUCAAGAGUUGCCAAUUUCAUACGACUUGAAACAAAUGCAGUGUCUGAAGUACCUCUUUGGCCAAUAAUGGUCUUCUCACUACGAAUAGCGUUAACUGUAACCUAGUAUGUCCGUUCAUUACAACUAAUACCAGCUGAGUUCGGUAUUCGCAGAGGCGACGGAUUUUUGGUCACUUGAUAACAGAUUAAUCAGAGCAAAUUGCCACAUAAAUAACCAAAAGCUAAUAUAUUUUACAAAUGAGAUAUAAUUCUUAUAUUUUUUGUGUUCAUUUACAAUCCAUUGAAAAUUUAAAAACUCACUUGAUAGAAUAAUAAACUUACCGUUUGUGUCAUUUUUAUGUAUUAAUGGUGACAUAUACUAUCAUCAUCAAUCAAUCUCCGAUGCCAGCAACAUCAACGGGUUUUCCUUAUAACAUACAUUUUGUUAGAAUCAUAUAUGUAAUUAAAAUGGUACCUAUAUCUGUAGCCGAAUUUAUGUGACGGAUCCAAUACGUUCCUACCAUUUGUAAGCUCUAGUCUGCCUGUAUCAUUCAAUGCAACUUGCCGAGAGGAAAUAUUUAUCAAAGACGUGUAUGUUAUUUGUUUUGAUGUAAUUAAUUAAAUGUUAUGAAAAAUAUUCAUCACUUUCAUUUACUAUUCGACUUUAUUAAUGGCCGUUCGAGUGAUGGGUGACCAAAAUU